AUGCCGGCCUUGAAGAAGACAGAGAUCAAUGCCUCGCUCUUUCCAGACGUCGCUGCAGGGCCUGCGACGGCCUCGAGCAGCCGGCAUACAACGGCGCUCAACACUCCGGCAGGCUCAGUGUACGCCACGGAAGACGCCGACGGCGACGAAGGGCCUUUGGGCAUGCCUACCGCCGACGGCAAUGAGAAGAUCGUGCUUGUGCAGUUCGAAGAAGACGACCCGGAGAACCCGCUGCUCUGGACGCGCGCGCAGAAGUGGAGCGCCGUCGUGCUGCUCAACGCCAUGACAAUGUGCAUCGGCCUCAGCACGUCGGCGUACAGCAGCGGCAUCGGCAAGAUGAGCGCCGAGCUGGGCGUCUCGGACGUGGCGGGCCAGGUGGGCAUGUUCACCUUCAACGCAGCCUGCGCCGUCAUGCCGCUCUUCGUGGCUCCUCUCACUGAGCUUGCCGGGCGGCGCUACAUCUUCGUGGGCGCGUUCGGCGCAUUCGUCGCAGUCAGCUUCAUGCUCGCCUUUGGGCAGAACCUCGCGACGCAGAUCAUUGGCCGACUGCUGCAAGGCGCCUUUGGCUCCAUCGGCACGAUCCUCGUCGGCGGCGUCAUGUCCGACUGCUUCGGCGAGGCGGAGCGUGCGCUGCCGAUGAGCAUCUUCUCCUUCAGCGCCAUCUUCAGCACCAUUGCCGCGCCCGCCUACUCUGGCUACAUUGACCAGUACCUCGGCUGGCGCUGGAUCCAGUACAUCCACAUCAUCUUCUCCGGCAUCGUCUUCCUCUUCGAAGCGGCCUUCUUGCGCGAGUCGCGCGCGGACGCCAUUUUGCGCACGCGUGCCGCACGACUGCGCAAGGAGACGGGCGAUGGUCGCUUCCGGGCGCAGAUCGAGCUCGAGGGCGAGAGCAUCGGAGCACUCUUCCGCCAGCAGUCGCUGCGCGCCCUCAAGCUGCUCGUCACGGAGCCCGUCGUGAGCUUGUACGGCCUGUACAUUGCUCUCGCGUGGGGCACCGUCUUCCUCUUCCUCUCCGUCAUCCCACUCACCUUCCAGGGCAACCACGGCUGGUCGGAGGGCAAUGCUGGCCUGCCCUACCUCGCGCUCAUCCUCGGCUGCUUUGCCGGCUUUGCGACGGGCUUGUGGCAGGACCACCUCUACCGCAAGGACACGGUGCAGCGUGGCGGCACUGCUCGUCCCGAGGCACGGCUCUUCGGCGCCAUGUACUUCGGCCCACUGUUUGGCAUCGGAAUCAUGAUCUAUUCCUGGACGCAAUUCGGCUUCGUGCACUGGAUUGCACCAUGUAUCGCGCUCUUCCUGAUCAUCGUCGGCAUCUACCAUGUCUUCCUCUCGGUGUACCAGUACACGUCGGACAGCUACCCGACCGUCGCAUCCAGCGCCAUUGCUGCGCAGGGCCUGAUGCGCAACGGCUUUGCGGCGAGCUUCCCGCUCUUCGGGCGGCAGAUGUUCCAGGGCAUGGGCCUGCAGUGGGCCGGCCUGCUGCUGGCGUGCCUGGCGCUCGCCAUCGCGCCGCUGCCCUUUGUGCUCUUCGCCAAGGGCGAGACGAUCCGCCGGCGCAGCCGCUAUGCGGCGGCGAGCACGGGCGCCAAGGGCAAGGGCGACGAGGAGAGCGAGCAGAAGGGCAGCCGGUGA